CGCCCUCGCGGUACAGCACGAAGCUCAUGUUCCGCAGGCGGCCGGCGCAGCGCAGGCUUACGUUGGCGCCGGGAGUCACCACCGGCCCGGGCAGCGCCACCAGCGACGGCCGCGGCAGCUGCUCUGCGGAGACGGGGUGGUCUCAGUAGGAGGACUAGUCACCCCGGAGCGACUUAUAGGCAGAAACUAAGGAGAUUCCACGCAGGUCCGCAAAGUCAGGCUUGCGCUUGCGCCUGGCACUACUUCCUUUACCUCCGCGGCUCCAUCUUUGUUCUGCGCUAGUGCGCACGCGCAGACUCCGAAAGCGGAACCUUGCACAGAGGGACCACAACUCCCAGAGUGCUCCGCGUCCUCGCCGGUGUCGCCGCCGAGACCAAGAUGGCUGCGAGACUCGGCGCCUUCCUCAAGAAUGCCUGGGACAAGGAGCCAGUGCUGGUCGCGUCCUUCGUCAUCGGGGGCCUCGCUAUAAUUAUGCCCUCAUUCAGCCCCUACUUCAAGUACUCCAUCAUGAUCAACAAGGCCACGCCCUACAACUACCCAGGACUCUGGAGACGUGCUGGUCUCAGUGGCCUGCCUCCUGUCCCACAGUGCCCGUCCGUGAUGAUGGGAACAUGCCGGACGUGCCCAGCCACCCCCAGGACCCUCAGGGCCCCAGCCUGGAGUGGCUGAAGAAACU